AUGAACAACGCGGCCAUGUCUUCACCUUUUGAGCUACGCACAAACGACAAUGGCAAGAGCAAGAAGCAAUCCAUGGCAGAGCUGAAGCUUAGGCGGCUUACAGAGCUGAACCAGCGCUUACAAGAUGACCUGAAUCGGAGGAGAAUACCUGUAUCAGAGGCAUCCAUCGACUUGAUCGCCUUUACGGACAAGGAGCCGAAAGACUUUAUGGUGCCCAGCAGAUGGGGUCAGGUCGACAAACGAGAUGAUCCUUACGCGCCGCAGCAACAAGGAGGAUGCUGCACAGUCAUGUAG